CGACUCCACACCGGAUGUACGUCUGCUUGCCUGCAGCAGCGCAGUCUUUACAACUAUUUCCCCCAACUUGAGUUCUAGCAGCUCGGGCAGUGGAGACGCCUGUCCGGAUGGGGGACAAACCGCUCACCUAAUCCGUGUCGCUCCUCUUGACACGACCCGCAGUCGGGCAUGUAGCUACGCGUAUUUCCUCUACGUCUGUGUUUUUCUGUUAAAAAAUGGGCUCCGGUGGAAGGGAGUGUAUUGGAAGGGAUCUAAUUGUGAGAGCGUUUCGUUGCAUGCACAGUCAGCGUGAUUUGCUAUGGUGAUACUACAAGAAGCUAACCCCGAGCUAGCCCAGGGAUCGUUUUUGGGAGAUACCUUUUAUUGGACAAAGCUACAUGCUAACGUGUGAAUUAGACACUUCUUGUUAAUAUUCAUUAAAGUGGAAUAUCAAAAGGGAAUGUCGAACCAAGGAGUAAGGAGAAAUGGCCCAGUAAAGCUGCGGUUGACAGUCCUCUGUGCAAAAAACCUGGCAAAGAAAGACUUCUUUCGGUUGCCGGAUCCUUUUGCUAAAGUGGUAGUGGACGGUUCUGGACAAUGCCACUCAACAGAUACUGUGAGAAAUACUCUUGAUCCAAAGUGGAAUCAACAUUAUGAUCUCUACAUCGGAAAGUCGGACUCCAUUACGAUCAGUGUCUGGAACCACAAGAAGAUCCACAAAAAGCAGGGCGCGGGAUUCCUCGGCUGCGUCCGGCUCCUGUCCAACGCCAUCAACAGACUCAAAGACACGGGCUAUCAGAGACUGGACCUGAAUAGGCUGGGCCCCAACGAUAACGACACCGUAAGAGGACAGAUAGUAGUGAGUCUUCAGUCCAGAGAUCGCAUCGGAUCCGGGGGACCAGUGGUAGACUGCAGCCGCCUGUUUGACAACGAUUUGCCCGACGGCUGGGAAGAGAGGAGGACAGCAUCGGGGAGGAUACAGUACCUGAACCACAUCACCCGCACCACGCAAUGGGAGAGACCCACCAGGCCGGCGUCGGAGUACUCCAGCCCAUCCGGGCGUCCGCUGAGCUGCGUGGUAGACGAAAACACGCCGGUGAUGACUCCUGUUAACGGGGCCGUGGCCAGCGGACCUCCGGGCGAACAGCGCGUCCAGGAGCGACGGGUUCGAUCGCAGCGGCAUCGGAACUACAUGAGUCGAACACACCUGCAUACGCCGCCCGAUCUGCCUGAGGGCUACGAACAAAGAACCACCCAGCAGGGCCAGGUGUAUUUCCUCCACACACAGACCGGAGUCAGCACCUGGCACGACCCCCGAGUACCCAGGGACUUAAGCAAUGUGAACUGUGAGGAGCUGGGACCACUGCCUCCAGGCUGGGAGAUCAGGAACACCGCCACCGGCCGCGUCUACUUUGUUGACCACAACAAUCGAACAACACAGUUCACAGAUCCACGACUGUCUGCCAACCUGCAUCUAGUGCUCAACAGCCCAAGUUCAAAUGGUUCCCGCGUGGCCCCGGACAGCCAAAACACUAACCUCAGUCAUCCACCACAGCUAAAGGACCAGGGUGGUCCCGGAGUCCCUCCGCAGGCUCUGUCUCCCGCUCAGCUACCAGAAGAGGCGGAGUGUCUGACGGUGCCCAAGUACAAGAGAGACCUGGUGCAGAAGCUGAAGAUUCUCCGGCAGGAGCUCUCGCAGCAGCAGCCGCAAGCCGGCCACUGCCGCAUCGAGGUCAGCCGGGAGGAGAUCUUCGAGGAGUCGUAUCGACAAGUGAUGAAGAUGCGUCCGAAGGAUCUCUGGAAAAGACUGAUGAUAAAAUUCAGAGGAGAAGAGGGACUGGACUAUGGAGGAGUUGCUCGGGAAUGGUUGUACCUGCUGUCGCACGAGAUGUUGAACCCAUAUUACGGCUUGUUCCAGUACUCCAGAGACGACAUCUACACUCUACAGAUUAACCCAGACUCUGCUGUCAACCCAGAACACCUGUCGUACUUCCACUUUGUGGGCCGCAUCAUGGGCAUGGCGGUGUUUCACGGCCACUACAUCGACGGAGGCUUCACGUUGCCGUUUUACAAACAGCUGCUUGGGAAACCAAUCACGCUGGACGACAUGGAGUCUGUCGACCCCGACCUCCACAACAGCCUCGUUUGGAUCUUGGACAAUGACAUCACAGGGGUCCUGGACCACACCUUCUGCGUGGAGCACAACGCUUACGGAGAAAUCAUCCCACACGAGCUGAAGCCCAACGGGAAGAGCAUCCCGGUGACGGAGGACACCAAGAAGGAGUAUGUCAGGCUCUACGUGAACUGGCGUUUCCUCCAUGGCAUCGAGGCUCAGUUUCUGGCUCUCCAGAAAGGCUUCAACGAGGUCAUCCCGCAGCACCUGCUCAAGGCCUUCGACGAGAAGGAAUUAGAGCUGAUCGUGUGCGGCCUGGGGAAGAUCGACAUCGCCGACUGGAAGUCCAACACUCGGCUGAAGCACUGCACCCCAGACAGCAACAUCGUCAAGUGGUUCUGGAAAGCCGUGGAGUCGUUCGACGAGGAGAGGAGGGCCCGGCUGCUGCAGUUCGUUACUGGCUCGUCCAGAGUCCCACUGCAGGGCUUCAAGGCUUUACAGGGUGCAGCAGGACCCAGACUCUUCACCAUUCAUCAGAUUGAUGCCAACGCCAACAACCUGCCCAAAGCGCACACCUGCUUCAACCGGAUCGACAUUCCUCCCUACGAGAGCUACGACAAACUGUACGACAAGCUACUGACGGCGAUCGAGGAGACGUGCGGCUUCGCGGUGGAGUGAGCGCGCGCGUCGGUUCGCACCUACAGGACUCUGAUGAAACGUCAUCGGCGCUGCAACGUGCCGGCUGGGUCGCCCCUCUCUGAGGAUCCAGCCUACAGUCUUCCUCUUCUCUCUUCCAUAAUCAUCAUCAUCAUCAUCAUCAUCUGUUCAGGCAGCACAGUCGUUGUUGCCAUGGUUGGACUUCUUGUUUUUGCAUUCAGACAAAAAAAAAAAGAACAUAGAUCAAAUUCAAUUAGGAAACUUUGUUACCGGGAAAUUGCUUUAAUUAUUUUUUUUCCCCUUAAACACACAAGAACAAAGAUCAAGUAUUUCUCCGCCUGCAGUGUGACCGAAUCCGUCACACUGCAGGCGGCCGAGUGGUUCCUCCUAACCCUCCCCUUCCUCAUGGCUGCAGAGAUGGUGCUGGAGCACCGUCCAUUCAUCCUACCUCAGUGGAAAGUGUUCAUAUUUGAAGUUACUAAAAUGCCAUCUUUAAAUUCAGACAGCGAUUCGUUUCUUCACACCAGCAGUCAUUUUGUAAAUUAAAACAGAUUUAAUUCUGAGACGUUCCGGCGGCCUCAUUUUUUCGUAAAGCAUAGACGUUGCGUUGCUAAAGCCCUUAGAUUUUCUCCAGUUUUGUUGAUUUACAGACAUAAACAUGUAAAGUCAAACAUGAUUCCUAUUUUAUUCUAGAUAAAACUCGGUGAAAUGUGGUGUGCAUUUACAUUCACUCCUCCUCCGUCUCUGAAACCUUACCGAUCCCCCAUUUCACAUCAAGUUACACCUGCAUGUGUUUUUGGGUCACACAGCUUAAAUUCCUGCCUGUUCAUAAUUUCAAAUAAUCUCAUUCAUCAAAAAUUCUUCUGCCCAAGACUCCCCCCAGCAUGAGGCUGCCACCACCAUGUCUCACCAUGUAGCUGAGAGGGGUCCUGGGUUUUGCCCGUAGCCCGAAACGUUCAGUUCGUCUAGCUCAGAAAUACAGGUUGCCCCGGCGACGGAUUGUUCCACCCGACCUGCUGGUCUCUGCAUCUCCUCCAGAGUCACCACAGGCCUCCCGGCUGUCGGUCAAAGUGGCAGCCAUGUUUAGAGAGGCUUGCAGUGAACACACAUGCAUGCCAGAUUUUUGUCUUCGCAAAGCCAUUUUGCUUUCACUUUCCAAUUUAGUACCAUUUUAUUUAUUCUGCUUGAUCACAAAAUUCCCAAUAAAACGUGAAGAAGUGCAUAAAGUGCUGGGUGAUGAUCCAUUUCUUUUAAAAAAAAUGAAUUUUAAGACAUUCUUCUGGUAAAAUUGCCUCUUUAUUCUUCUAAUAUAGUGACUGCAGCCUUCAAAUUAAACAAACAUUCCCGUAUCGCCUUGACGCGCCGUCGUACGACUUUCAGAAGGCAUGACUGAAAUAAAAGCCACUUUUUGAAAAUAUUUAAUUCCUUUUUUUUUUUUUUUAAGGAAAAAAAAACGCAGGAAAAAAAUUGAUCAGGUAUGACGAAGAAAAAAGAAAAGUGGGAUUUUAUUUUGAAGAAAUAUCGCCCAGUUAAACCAAGCCAAGAUGUGGAAAAAGUUCAAAGGUUGCGACAUUAUGGCAUCUUUUGCAAGGCCCUGCAUGCGUGUGUGUGUGUGUGUCGGUGUGCAGGCAGAUGUGUUAGUUUGUUGAAUCUCACCACAGAGCUGAUGAAACAACCCGCCCCGUCUGUCUGCAGCAGUGUGCAUUCCGGGGACACGAGUUGAAAACGAUCCUGUUUUUUUUGUUUCUCCAUGACAUAACUGUGGAUUCUCUCUCUCUCUCUCUCUCUCUCUCUACACUUCAGAGCACUUUACAAAAUGCGCAGCGAUGGCCGGAGUGCCACUUUCAUGUCUGGAUUAAAGUAUAUCAUGUUUCCUUUUACGUGUGUGUGUGUGUGUGUGUGUGCAGCCACGUUAGCUAAAACGCAGAUUUAGAAAGUAUCUAGAGACCUGUAAUUUUUAAGUAUAAAUGUACAAAGAUAUAGCUAUUUUGUAUAUUGUUGCUUGUUUUCUUUUUCGGUUUUAAUUGCACGCAUGUUAAUGUCUUUCACAGACCUCUUUGCAUUCUCAGGUGAAGUUAGCUUUUUUUAAAAUUGUUAUUAUUAUUAUUAUUAUUACAUUAGACUAAUAUGUGAAGAACCUAAAAUUGAGGAGCCCCUUCUCUCCCUCGUCGGCGGCCAUGAUCCAAAUAUUAACCUGUAGGUCACAAUCUAAAGAUCUGAACAGCGUAGGUCGUUUUCUUUUUCUUAUGCGUCAAGCUUGGUUCAAGUCUUGAGUUGUUAACCGGAUGGACGUUUGAAUUAAUGUCUUACAGAUUACUGAUUUUUACAUACUCUCAUCAAAUUUGGAUUUCAUAUGCAGACAUUUAUUUGCAGCCAUGAAACGGUUUCAUAUCAGAUGAGUUCAGAACGUUCUUGUGCAGUUUGAGAGAAUUUCUUUUUUUCUUCUUGUUUGUUUGUAUCCAUAUGCAGGCUCAAAUGUAAUAUCUAAAACUUCUUUCUAUUUACCGAAUAGUUACUGGACUGUUUUUUUGUUUUGUUUUUUUGUUUUUAAUGGAUUCUAAUCAUAUUUGCACACACACACACAGUUGUAUGUUUGUCUACUUCUGCCAUUUUAAUAUAGUUUUGUCUGUUUUUUUUCCCCCCCCUCGGUGCAGAAUUUUGCAGCAUUUAAAGCAACAAACCCGUACAUCCUGAUACAAGAACUCAACUAAAACGCAGCCUUUGUUUAAAACUUUUAAAAAAAAUUUUAUUGAUAGUUUACCUGUUCCAGACCACAGCAAGUCGUUGAAUGUUUAGGACACACAUCGCCCCGUGGUUUGAAACAAAUAAAACCUGGAUGCAACAUAGUGUACCUGCAUGUCUGUGUGGGCCCAGUAGGGCUGGAUUGAUUAAUCAAAGUGUAUGUGUAAAUUUUUAUUUUUUAUUUCUUGGUGUGAGUUUUAGGAAUUUUGAUUUAUUUCAGCAAAAAAAAAAAGAAAAAAAAAAGAAAGAAAACAAAACUGUUUUUUAAGACAUUUUUACGGCUUAUUUCCUUUGAUUUUUAUAUUUAUUUUAACGGUAUACAUGUGUGCAUAGUUUCCACAUUAGCUGCUCUGUGAGUUUGUAACUUACACUUGUACAUAAGGACAAUAAAGACGCAAAGUAAGAAACUUCUUAUACCCUUGCAGAACACUGAGCAAUAAAAAAAAUAUGCUGUUUGAACCCGACAGCAGUAUGUUUUAUAGAA